UAGCACCCACCUCAAAGUUGUGAGGAUUAAAUGAAACAAUGAAUGAGAAGCUUUAAGCACAGUGCCUGGCACACAGUGGGUACUCAGUAAACUGUAGCUGCUAUUGUUAUUGAUAUCUUACCGUGUUACUGGAGGCAACACUGGAGAAAAUCAUAAAUUGUUUACAUGAAGACACUUUGUAUUGAAUCAUCUCAUCAACAAAUUCACAUCUUAAAUUUUUAAAUGUUUGGCCACUGUAUCAUCUGUUACUGUCCUCCACUCUGGUAAAGCAGAGUUUUAAUAAUAGGCAGAAUAUUUUAUCAGAAACAGGCAACUUAAAUUACUCUAUCGGGUAGUGUGGUCUCUGUCACCUUCCACUAUGGUGGACUAUGGCCAGAGCCAGAAACUGCAGGUGAUAGUGCAGCCCAUCAACCUUAUCUUUACAUACUUGCAGAACAGAUCUCAGAUUCAGGUGUGGCUUUAUGAGCAAGUGACUAUGUGGAUAGAGGGCUGUAUCAUUGGUUAUGAUGAGUGUAUGAACCUCAUAUUAGAUGAUGCAGAAGAGAUUCAUUCUAAAACGUCAAGAAAAUAACUGGGUCAGAUCAUGCUAAAAGAAGAUAAUAUUACUCUUCUCCAAAGUGGCUCCAAGUAGAAAUGACUAACGAAGUGACUAAUGUUGAGAAGGCAAUACAAUUUGUAAUUUUUAGGAGUCCUUUAUUGGGAGUAUAGUUCUUAAACAUUUGUUCAUAUUGCUUUGAUUACCCUUGUAUUGUUACCAGAUGACAAUAAAUGCUAUGGGAUUGUUUUUGUUUUAAAUUACUCUAAAAAUGAAAUAACAUAAAGGGUGCCAGGUUGUUAAGCAGAGUGCCUAGUGGUCAGCAGGAUGGAGUUAAUGGUACUUUUUAUUCACAUGUUACAUGGGAAUAAACUUUUAAAAAGAGAUUACUCA